CCAGGUGUGACUCAAACUUCGGAGUUUUUAUUUUUUACCGGAAGUGAAGGUAAAGUAAAUUUGAAGAUGCGAUAAAUAAGAAUAUUUUACCAUGAAGGAGAAAGAAAUAGAUAAGGAUACUGUUAUUGCGUAUCAUGACUUUGUCCAGCAUCAAAUAAGGGGGGAAUUAAAUGGCAUCUUCCUGGGACCAGGGCGAUUUUACGCCCAGAUCGCGGUGGCUAGUUUCCUAGCUGGAGUCAUUUCCGCUAUUGUUGGAAUUCUAGUGAUAACGCUACGAACUCGUCAUGUUUACCUCAUUUCUUGGGACGAUCAGUUCCUUGGACCAUUUUUCGUAAUCCUUGCAUUUAUGCUAGCAGGAUUUGCCGCAGCCCUGGUUGUGCAGGCCAAAAGACGAGCCAAUGCCUACAGACGCGAUCUAGUGUUCCGUCCCAUUGGUGAUUAUGGUGUUGCAGUGUGCCACAAGAGCAGACUCGUUUUCGAACAAACCACAAGGGAACAGCUGAAAUCUGGUACAGCUCCAAAGAAACCAACAAAAGCAAAACCCUACCAGCCUAUAUCAUACACCUCAGAUGGAAGACCAAGAAGAGGUCCACGUCCAGGUGGGUUCGAUAACCGUGGCUAUGGAGAACCUCCUCCCUAUGAUGGCAGGCGGGGUCCUCCUGAUGGUAGGAGACCUCCUCCUGAUCGUAGAGGACCCUCGGGUCGCCCUAGGAACGGUCCACCAGACGACAGAAGAAGAUACGGGCCACCACCACCAGGUGAAGACGGCCGUCCACCUCCUUAUGGAUUCAGGGAACCAGGUUCCAGGAGACCUCCCCCUGAUGAUCGGUACAGAGAUGGCCCCCCAAGGGAAAGAAGAGGACCCCCACCUAAUGAUAGAUACAGGGGCGGUCCACCUCCAGGUGAUAGAUACAGGGAUGGACCACCCCCUGGCGAUAGAUACAGGGAUGCUCCACCCCCUAGUGACAGAUAUAGAGAUGGUCCACCCCCUGAUGACAGGUAUGCUGAGAUGGACAGAAACAGGAGGCGUCCUCCAGAUGAUAGGAACAUGCCUAAAACAAAGCUUGAAGACAUGCACGAAGGAGAUGAAUCUUCAUUCUAAGCAUUCCUAGUUUCAAUGUUCUCCAUUCAUCAUGUAACCUGUGCCAUUAUUCCAUUGAUAUAGCCUGGAUCAACUUCAGUAUCAUAUGUACUUGACAGUUUCUACACAGAUCACUAUAAUCUUGAAAAAAAUUAUUCAUGACAAAAGUGGCUAUAAGUUUUACUAUGUUGGAGCUCAAAAGCAACUAUUUUGCACCCCCUAGGUGGGUCCUUGAUUGGAAGGAAUGCAUAUGCUUAUAUUUAUCUGUAGAGUAUUUGAAAGUGAUCAAUAUAUAAAUGUACUAGUUAGGAUCUGAACUCUGCAUGUAAUUUUUGAGUACAGGUGAAAGGCAACAUUUUUUGUAACAUUUUGAAAAUAACAUUCCAGACACACAAAUCAUUAUGUACAUUCCCAUUCCAAUUUAGUAGGAUAUCAUAUUUUAAUAUUUUGUAAUAUGAACUUUAUAUUUUAUGUAAUUUUAUGCAAUGUAUAUAUGAAUGAAUAACAUUUACUCUUGAAAUAAAUUUUAUAAAUACCAGA